AUGGAUUCGAUCAUUAUUCAGGAGCGCCUGGUGGAGCGGCUGCUUUCCCCGCGGACGCAGACACAGCGAAGUCACACGGCCAAGCUGAAGGACCAUGAGAAGCAGUAUGUGGGCUUUGCCACUCUGCCCAACCAGGUCCACCGGAAAUCUGUGAAGAAGGGUUUCGACUUCACCCUGAUGGUUGCAGGAGAGUCGGGUCUGGGCAAAUCCACGCUGGUGAAUAGCCUGUUCCUGACAGACCUCUACAAAGACAGAAAGCUCCUCAAUGCAGAGGAGAGAAUCAACCAGACAGUGGAGAUCGUCAAGCACACAGUGGACAUCGAGGAGAAGGGCGUCAAGCUGAAGCUGACCAUUGUGGACACACCAGGCUUUGGAGAUGCUGUUAACAACACUGAGUGCUGGAAGCCCAUCACUGACUACAUUGACCAGCAGUUUGAGCAGUAUUUCCGUGAUGAGAGCGGCCUGAACCGGAAGAACAUCCAGGACAACCGAGUGCAUUGCUGCCUCUACUUCAUCUCACCCUUUGGGCAUGGGCUGAGGCCUGUGGAUGUGGAGUUCAUGAAGGCUCUGCAUGAGAAGGUCAACAUUGUGCCCUUGAUUGCCAAAGCUGACUGCCUGAUCCCCUCAGAGAUCCGGAAGCUAAAAGAGAGAAUCCGGGAAGAGAUUGACAAAUUUGGCAUUAAAGUGUAUCAGUUUCCUGAGUGUGACUCUGAUGAAGAUGAGGAGUUCAAGCAGCAAGACAGAGAGCUGAAGGAGAGCGCUCCCUUUGCGGUCAUCGGCAGUAACACUGUGGUGGAGGCAAAGGGCCAGCGGGUUCGGGGACGGCUCUACCCUUGGGGCAUUGUGGAAGUGGAGAACCAGGCACACUGCGACUUCGUGAAGCUGCGGAACAUGCUGAUCCGGACGCACAUGCACGACCUGAAGGAUGUCACUUGUGAUGUCCACUACGAGAACUACCGAGCUCAAUGCAUCCAGCAAAUGACCAGCAAGCUGACUCAGGACAACAGGAUAGAAAGCCCCAUCCCUAUCCUGCCUCUCCCAACACCAGACACUGAGACAGAGAAGCUGAUCAAAAUGAAGGAUGAAGAGCUACGGCGGAUGCAAGAGAUGCUGCAGAAGAUGCAGCAGCAGAUGCAGGAUCAGUGA